GCAACCUUUUGCCGGACAAGGCGCAGUGCACAGGUCAUCUGCAUCGCGGAUGUGGGGUGCCCUGGGGCUCACAAGGUCAGGUGGAGACCCGGCUUGGCAAUGGUUUACCCUGCUCAUGCUCGGAACACGACCACCAUUUGCCACCCAGUGGCUGAUGGCUCACGGUCUGCGGCUAACGGCUCAAUCUUUCGGCCGUUGAGCACAAACGGUCAUGAGCCAGUCGUUGGCGGCGCUGGGCGCGCUGGCCCACUUCCCCUCGCCCUCAUCCCCUCCCCCACCUCUUCCCCUCGCCGCUGGCGACGGACAUACCGCACACGCCCAGCCGCAUGGGUGGCCUUCAGAAUUGCCGUCAGACAAUGGCAGCCCGCGCAGCUGCGGGCCACAUGAUUUGCUCGGAACGCGCCAGGGGUGCCCAGAUGGUAUUUCGAAAACGGCCCGGCGUUGCCGGGUGUGCGGCGUGCAAGCGAGGCGCCACGCCCCUUACGUGGACUUGUUGUGCUGGCAGCGAUAUUUUUCGACAUCAGCAUCGCCCGCGUUGCUGCCCACCGUGCGGGCGCGAAACCGGAGGCGGCAUCUUGGCUUGGCUCGGAGCCAGUCCAUGGUUAUCUAGCAGCCGACCGCCGGAACAAUGGCCUGAUGACAGCAUCUAGGCAUCGGAGCCCAGGCCAUGCUACGAGGCACGCACCGAACUCUCACUCCCUCGAUCUCCCUGCUAGACACAGACGCCCCCUCACACGCUGUAUCCAACAGCGGUUUGUUA